CAUCGGUUUAGGACGCAAAAUCCUGCAGCUUGCGCCGACUCCAGCUGCACCCGACUGCAUCCCCAUCUCAGUCCGCACACUAUCCACGCUGGACCGCUUCCGAGAAGCAGCAUCUGCUCUCCCUGAUCAGCGAGCAGCGCACUCGGCUUGGCGCCAUUGACUGGGUUGGCAUAUCGCAACAAAUGCCCGGCAGGCAAGCGCACGCACAAGCAGUGUCACAGCAUGUACAAAAAUCUCCUCAAGCAAAUGCGUACGGCUGCCGGGACCAAAAACCCGGCGAAAUCGCUGAUUGAGGAAUCACUGGUGUCAACGUACAAGCGGUGGACACCGGAGGAGGAUAAGCUGCUGAUAGCGCUACGGUCGGUCGGCAAUAUGUCGUGGAAGGAGACUGCUGAGGCGAUUAAAAGCAGCCUCAGUCAUACAAUGCAAGAACAGAUAUCGGUAUCUGCGCACCCGGAGAGGACCCUCACAGCCGCCGCUGAGGAAGGACUUGAGGCGCAAAUCCGAUCCAAAGACCCCUGCGUACAAAUACAAGCCAGUCAAGCAAGGCAAGGCAGAGCCGUGGACCAAAAAGCGACGACGAAAGGCUACGCAGGCUGCUGGUCGAGUCUCGCACAUUCGAUUUCUGGCAGCUACACACGCAGUUCCCAGACAAGAACUACGGGGCAAUGUACCUGUCGUUGUACAGGCUAUGCACGCAGCCGGUGUUUUCUGGCGGCAUGUGGAGCAGCGAUGAGCACCGCGCUCUGCUCAGACUAGUAGGUCAGCACGGGGAGCGACUGGCAGGCAAUUGCAGAGGCCAUGCCGACUGGUCGCACACACAUUCAAUGCCGCACCCACUACAUUGCAUACUGCGUCAAGCCGGGCGUCCGCCGUGGACAGUGGUCAGAAGACGAAACCGCACAGCUACUGCAUCUGGUAGACCUGGAGUGCCA